AUGAGAGACGAUAUAAUGUUAGAUGAUUUUCGUAUUGAGUGGAUUUGUCGACGAACAUGUCAAAUGCUUAAUGUUGAUAGGUCUAUAUUUGUUGAUAUGUUAGAACGAAAUAAUGGUUUUAAUGAAGAUUUAAUUGAUAAAUUUCUUAAUAUGAAUACAGCUUUACAUGAAAGAUCAUAUGCAUUACUAUUUCAUCGUGAAGAUUCAACACGAAAAGUUUGGCAAAUGAUUGAUUCUAUUGAUGAAGAAGAAGAUUUUGAUGAGUUUGAUAAUGAUGAUGAUGAUGAUGAAAACGAUCAACAAUUUAUUUUAACUAUCAAUGAACCAAUCGAUGCCGAAACUGAAUAUCCAAUUGAUUAUGUAUUUAAUAAUGCUCGUUUAUCAACUGGUGAUAUAAUAGAUUCAAUGUAUGAAAAUGUUCGAAAUAUUCAACGUCUUCUAGUUAUUAAUCAAUAUGAUAAUAAACAUUAUUAUUUUCAAUUAAAAUCUUUUCAUGAAGCACGUCUUUAUUGUGAAUAUCAACAUUAUCACAAUUUAACAAAGAAAAUAUUUAUUUAUUUUAUUCGAACUGAUAUUAAUCAAUAUUUAAUUCAAUCAUCAACAUAUGAUGAAAUGAAUUUAUUGAUGAAUGAAAAUUUAAUCUAUGGAAUUAUUCCUGAAGAACAACCACUUGAAUCUCUUAGUGAAAUUUUAUCAUUAAUCUAUAAGAAUUUAUUACCACCAAUUAAUGAUCCAUCAUUAAAAUUAUCUUCAUCUAUUGUUGAAGAAACAUCUGAACGUGAUCAAUUACGUUUAAGUUUAAAUCGUUUUCAUUUACAAAUACAAUCAACAUUACGACAAAUGCAAGGUGAAUUUCAUUUAAUGAUUUCAAAUAAAAAUUUAUUUAUAAAUGGAGAAGAAACAGAAGAAGAAUAUAUUGAAAAUCUUGAAUAUCUUGUUUAUGAUUGGGAAGCCAUUUUACAUGAAGAAAUGAAUAAUGAAUUAAAUAAACGAAUCUUAAAUACAAAUCCUCUUGAUGAAUUAGAAUUUUGGCAUGAAAGAUCAAUUCGAAUAACUUCAAUUUUAGAACAAAUGAAAAAAGAUGAUAUUAUGAGAAUUAUUCAUAUUUUAACAGAUCUUGAUAGUCCUUCAAUAGUAGGAUUUAAUAAUAUAAAAUUACAAUUACAAAAUUAUUUAUUAGAAGCUACAGAUAAUUAUAAAUUUUUAUCAACAAUUGAACGGCAUUUAAAAACAUUACAAAUGGCUAAAUCAUUUCAAAUAGUUAGCAAUAUGUUACCUAAUUUAAUGCAAGGUUUAAAAACCAUUUGGACUAUGUCAAAAUAUUAUAAUAAAGAUGAACGAUUUGUGCCAUUGAUGGAAAAAAUAGCUAAUGAAAUUAUUAAUCGUGUUCGACAAACUAUAGAUAUAAAAACUUUAUUUACAUUAUAUACAUUAAAUGAAGUUCGAGAUGUUUGUUAUCAAGCUAAACAAUUAUUACUUCAAUGGAAAUUUGAAUAUCAAAAUAUACGCACAAAACUUGAAAAUGAUAAACGUGGUUUUUUAACAUGGAAUUUUGAUUAUCGUAUACUUUUUGAUAAAACAGAUUAUAUGUCACAAAUAUGUGAUGAUUUAAUACAAAUGUCAUCAAAUUUAAAUGAAUUUUAUGAUAUAUUUGAUUCAAAAAUGAAAGCUGUUACAGGUGAAGAACAAUUAGUUGAUCGUGUACUUGAACAUGUAAAAGAUUUAAAAAAAUCUUUUCUUUCAUGUCAUUUUGAUAUAUUUAAUCGAGAAAAUAUACAACAAUGGCAUUCAUUUAUUGAUGAAUUUAAACAUCAUUCAUCUAUUAUUGAACAAGAAGCGAAAAUUUUUAUACGUACAUCUUUUACUCAACUUCGUUCAGCUGAAACUGCACUUGAUAUGCUUAUGAAAUUUCAAAAAAUUGAUACAACUUACGUUUUAGCACAUGAAAUAAUUCGACAAUUUACUGCUAUUCUUUUACAAUAUUGUAAAGAAAUUGAUGGAAUUUAUGAUCUUUUUAUUAAAUAUAAAAAUAAUCCACCAAUCUGCAAAGGUUUUCCACCUAUUUCUGGUGCUAUUCAAUGGGCUCGUUUCUUAUUUACACGUAUAAAAUUACCUAUGAUUAAAUUUCGUACUAUCGAUCAAUUACUUCAAUCAGAACAAGGCAUAUCUGCAAAGCAUCGUUUUAUUGAAGUUGGUACUAUACUUAAAGAAUAUGAAGAAGAAUUAUAUACUAAAUGGCUUGAUAAUAUUACUAAAAUUUUGCCGAUCUAUCUCAGACAAAAUUUACUUAUUGAUGCUGAACAACGUUCAGAUCUAUUUCUUAAUAAUAGUAUUCAAGUUAUUCCCAAUAGUUCUAUUUAUCAGCUACCGCUUCAUGUCAUUAAAAAAGAUAUAAAUCAUAUGUCAAUAUCAAAUGAUUCAACACGUUCAAUAGCAAAUAAAUUUAAAUUAUAUAAAGAAAAAUGUUAUUUAUUUCAAUAUGUAUUUGAUCCAAUAGAUAAAAAGAAAAAAAUUGAAAUAAAAUAUUUAAUAAAUUAUAAUUCAAAUUUAAAAGAAUCCUUAAUUGAAACAUUUUAUUUGAAAAAAUUUGGAUUUAAUUUACCUGAAUCAAUUAUUCAAACAACUUUACAAUAUUCAAAAUUUGAACAACUAUCAAAUGAACUUCAUAUAAUGCUUGAAGAUUAUCAUUUAACUAUUGCAUCACUUGAUACAAAUGAAGUUUCUCUUCUUCAAACAUAUCUUGGUCAAAUACAACAAACAAUUAAACCAGGAACAUCAAGAAUAUCAUUCGGUGAAAUAGGUACAAUUGAUUACGUACAUGAAUGUAAAAAACAAUUAGAACAAUUACAUUCAAUUCUUAAUCAAAUACGAAAAAUUUCAUCCGAUAUUCAUGAACAUCUUGAAAGUUUUCGUCUUUGUGUUAUUGAUCCAAUUGUACCGCGACAUGAUAGUGGAAAUUUAUUUACUUGCCGAGAAUAUUUUGAAUAUCUUGAUAUUAAACGUAAAGAAAUUAUAUCAAGUUUAAAACGACGUUAUGAACUUUUUGGUCCAUUAUUAACCAAAAUUGAAUCAUUAGUAUUUGGUACCAAUACUGGUAAACAUAAAAAUAUGCAUUCAUUUUAUACAUAUUGGGAACAUGAAAUAUUUACUUCUCUAGUUGAAUUAGUUAUUCGUAAUCUAUGUCAAUUCUAUGAGAAUAUUUUCGGUAGUUCAUCACAUUUUAUUGUUGAUGUAAUACUUGUUCCACCACGUAUUAAACUUCAGCCAUCACUGGAAGAAAUUGUUAAUUCUAUUCGACGUAGUGCUUAUGGAAUCAGUGAAUUACCAAAGCAUUUCAAUCGUUGGUUACAUGGAUCGUGUAUCUCAUGUCCAUCACCACCAUUACUUGAUGAAGAAAUUGAAUUACCAGAUUUUACUUUUGAUAAUGAUGUUAAACAACAUCCUGAUAUUAUUUCAACAUUGAAACCUGUUCGAGGCUAUGCAUCUGGAUUAGUUACUGCUAUUAAUCGAACUCUAACGAAAUUAUUAACUUAUAAUGAUUUAUGGAAAAAUGAUAAGCAAAAAUAUACGAAUCAAUUUGCUUUAAAAUCUCAUACAUAUUCUGAUUAUGAUGAAAUAAUGACUAUAUUCUCAAAAUUUGAUCAAAGUUUUGAUCAAUUUAUUGUUAAUAAAAAUAUCUAUUCAAUACAAUUAUCCUUUAAACAAUUUCAUCAAGCAUUAAAAUAUCAUUGUAAAGAUUGGAUAUAUCAUUAUGGACAACAUUUAUAUACAAAAAUGUCGAAAAAACUUCGAGAAAUCAAUGAAAUUUUAACGAAUUUAUCUGAAGGACUUCAUCAUGAUGCAGAUACUGUUCCUGAUUUAAAAUUUGUUCUAAAUAUAAUUGAUGAAAUAAAUCAACAACAAGAAUCUAUUGAACAUACGAUCUAUGAUAUUGAACAAUCAUAUCGAAUUUUACGACAACAUCGUUAUGAAUAUCCUCAAUCUGAAUGGGUACUUAUUCAAACGUUAAAUCCUCGUUUAAUUGAUCUUAUUCAUCAAUCACAUAUUGUACAAUAUCGUUUAAAAUCUAUAUGUGAACAUUUUCGUGAAAUAAUUCAAUAUGAUAUAGAAUUUUUUCAACACAUAAUUGAUGAACUUAUGAAUAGAUUUAAUCAAUAUGGUCCAUAUACGAUUGAAAAUGAUCUUAAUCAAAUAUUUUUACUUGUUAAACAAUAUCAAAAAGAACUUCAAAAAAUUGAACAACGAAAAAUUGAAUUAAUUAAUGUUAUGAAACUUUUUCAUAUACCUUUAAUUAAUUAUCCAAAUUUAAUAUAUCUUCAAAAAGAAAUGAAUAAUUUAAAUAUUUUAUCAGAUUUCUAUGAUGAGUUUAAACGUAAUGAAAAAAUUUGGUCAAAUAUUCUUUGGACAGAACUUGAUAUAAAUGAUUUAAUGACUAAUGUGGAUUUAUUUAUUAAAAAUUUUCGACGAUUAUCAUCAGAUAUUAAAAUAACAAGUGUCGGUCGUGCAGUAGAAAAAUAUUUAACAGACUUUCGUUCAUCUCUUCCAAUUAUGGUUGAUUUAAAAAAUGAAGCAUUACGUGAACGUCACUGGAAACAAGUUAUUCAAGAAACUAAUAUUGAUAUUGAUCUAACAAGUAAUGUUCUUACAUUAGAAAAUAUCUUUCAAAUGAAUUUAUAUCAAUAUAAUGAUAUUCUUCAAAAUAUAUUACAAACUGCUAUUAAAGAAUUACAAAUCGAAAAGAAUCUUAAAGAUAUUCAACAACAAUGGAAUACAAUGCAUUUUCAAAUACAUAAACAUAUUCGUAAUACAACUACACAACAAGAUCGUAGUAGUUUCAUCAUAUCUGGUGUUGAUGAUAUUCUUCAAGCACUCGAAGAUUCAACAUUACUUCUUAAUAGUAUAACAACAUCACGUUUUGUCGGUAUUUAUCUUUCACAAGUUGAACAAUGGAUUCGAAUUCUAUCGUUAAUAUCCGAUGUUAUUAAACUAUGGAUAAUUGUUCAACAAAAAUGGAUAUAUCUUGAAAAUAUAUUCCUCGGUUCUAGUCUACAAUUUGGUGAUGAAGCAAAACGAUUUGAUACAGUUGAUAAAUUAUAUCGAAAAAUUAUGCUUGAUACAUCUCGAAAUUCAUUGGUAAAAGAUGCUUGUACACAUCCUGGUCGAUAUGAUGAAUUAAAAUCAAUAUUAAAUUUAAUUGAAAAAAUUCAAAAAAAUUUAAAUGAUUAUUUAGAUACAAAACGUCAAUUAUUUUCGAGAUUUUAUUUUCUAUCUGAUGAUGAACUUCUUUCAAUUAUUGGACAAUCAAAUCCAAAUGAUAUUCAAGAAUAUUUACAAAAAAUGUUUGAUAAUAUUGGUGCAUUAAAUUUUAUUCAAUACGAUAAAACAGUGGAUAUCGAAGAAGAAUAUCAACAAAAUUUAAUUUAUGCAAUAGGAAUGAUAUCAUUAGAAAAAGAAGAAAUGACUUUUAUAAAUCCAAUAGAAUGUAAUGGAAAAGUUGAAAUAUGGAUGAAUAAUAUCGAAAAAGAAAUGAAAUAUUCAAAUCGUUGGUUAACAAAAGAAGCGAUUUUUUAUUAUCGUUUUAAACAGAAUAGAUUAGAAUGGAUGAGAAAAUAUAUUGGUAUGGUUGUUUUAGUUGUUAAUCAACUUUGGAGUACAUGGGAAAUUGAAGAUCAAUUUAAUAAAAUGCUAACACUAAAUCAAUCUUCGGCAAUGAAAACAUAUGUUAAACAAUUAAAUUCUCAAACAGAAGAAAUUGUUUUUGAAAUGCGAAAAUCUUUAACAUUAAAUGAGUAUAAUAAAUAUGAAACAGUUCUUACUAUUGAUGUACAUAUUCGUGAUAUGGUUGAUAUAUUAAUCCGUGAUGGAAUAAAUGAAUCUCAUGAUUUUGCAUGGCAAUGUCAAUUACGUUUUUAUUGGUUGUCAAAAGAAGAUAAUUUAUUUUUACAACAAUGCAAUGGAAAAUUUGAAUAUGGAUAUGAAUAUAUGGGUCUUAAUGGUCGUCUUGUAAUUACACCAUUAACUGAUCGAAUUUAUUUGACAGUUACACAAGCUUUAUCAAUGUUUCUUGGUUGUGCACCAGCUGGACCAGCUGGUACUGGUAAAACAGAAUCCAUCAAAGAUCUUGCUAAAGCUAUGGGUCUUCUUUGUGUUGUGACUAAUUGUGGUGAAGGAAUGGAUUAUCAAGCAAUUGGUAAAAAUUUAAAUGGUUUAUGUCAAACAGGUGCAUGGGGUUGUUUUGAUGAAUUCAAUCGUAUUGAAGCAUCUGUACUUAGUGUUGUGUCUACUCAAGUAAAAAGUAUUCAACAAGCAUUAUCAUUACAUCUGACGGAAUUUCUUUUUGAACAUAAUGAAAUUCGACUUCUUUCAACAGUUGGAAUAUUUAUAACAAUGAAUCCUGGUUAUGCUGGUCGUACAGAAUUACCUGAAUCAGUGAAAAAUUUAUUUCGACCUGUUGUUGUUGUUAUUCCAGAUCUACAAUAUAUUGGAGAAAUCAAAUUAUUUGCAAAUGGUUUUAUAAAUGCAAGAAUUUUAGCUAAAAAAAUGGUUACAUUAUAUCGUUAUGCAUCGGAAUUACUUAGUAAACAAUAUCAUUAUGAUUGGGGUUUAAGAAGUUUUAAAGCUGUUUUAUCGAUGACAGGUUAUUUAAAACGAACAACAAUGAAAGAUAGUUCAGAAGAAAUCGUUCUUUUAAGAGCUUUACGUGAUAUGAAUAUACCAAAAUUUAUUUCUGAUGAUGUUAAUUUAUUUCAUACAUUAUUAAAUGAUUUAUUUCCUAAUAUCUAUUGUCCAAAAAUACACUAUGAAGAUUUAAAUCGAAUAAUUGAAGAAGUAUUAAUUAAACAACAGUAUAUUCUAAUUCCAGAACAAAUUGAAAAAAUUAUUCAGCUAUAUGAGACAAUGAUGACACGUCAUUCAACAAUGUUAGUUGGACCCACAAGUGGUGGAAAAACAGUAGUAUUAAAUACUCUAGCUGAAGCACAAACUCAAAUGGGAAUGAAAACAACUCUUUAUACAGUCAAUCCAAAAGCAAUAAGUGUUAUUGAAUUAUAUGGUAUACUUGAUCCAUUGACAUCUGAAUGGACUGAUGGGAUAGUCUCAAUGUUAUAUCGAAUGAUUAAUCGACCAACAAUACGUAAUGAAAGACGUUAUAUUGUAUUUGAUGGUGAUGUUGAUGCACUAUGGAUUGAAAAUAUGAAUUCAGUUAUGGAUGAUAAUAAAUUAUUAACAUUAGCUAAUGGAGAACGUAUUCGUUUACAAGAUUAUUGUUCUCUAUUAUUUGAAGUUGGUGAUUUAAAAUAUGCAUCACCAGCAACAGUAUCUCGUUGUGGAAUGGUUUAUAUUGAUCAAGAAAAUGUCGGUCCUUACCCAGUAUGGAAACGUUGGUUAAAUAUGAAUUUAAUUGAUCGAUUAUAUGAAAGAAAUCAAUUAGAUUUACUUUAUGAUCGAUAUAUAAAUAAUAUAAUGAAUUUGAUUUAUCAAGGUUUAACAGAAACUGAACGUAGACCAAGAAUGAAAAUGAUUAUACCAUUAACUAAAGUCAAUAUUAUCAACCAAUUUACAAAAUUACUUGAUUCUUUAUUUUUACCAUUGAUUAAAAAUGAGAAAAAAAAUCAAUUUCAACUAACUUCAGAUCUUAUUCAUGCUUGUUUUCUUCAAACAAUAAUUUGGUCAUUUGGUGCUUGUUUAAAACAAGAAGAUCGUAUAAUAUUAGAUAAUUUUGUUAAAUAUUUAUCAGGUCUUUCAACUAUAUCGAGUGGUUCAAAAGCUAAAUCUGGACAAUUACCUAAUGAAAAACCUUUAUUAUGUGAUCAUGUAUUUCAACCUGAACUUGAUCAAUGGAUAAAAUGGGAUGAUCUUAUACCGAAAUAUGAACAUGAUCGAUCAAAACGAUUCUAUGAAUUAUUUGUUUCAACGGCUGAUACAAUUCGUUUAGAAUGGUUAAUGAAAUCGAUGAUAUCAAUUCAUCAACCUGUUCUAUUUGUUGGUGAUACUGGAUCAAGUAAAACAGCAACAAUUCAAUCCUAUAUUCGACAUUUUGAUUCACGUUAUAUUAAUUUAAAUCUAAAUUUUUCUUCACGAACAAAAUCAAUCGAUGUACAACGUUCUAUUGAAAGUCAAUUAGAAAAAUAUUCGAAAAAUACUUAUGGUCCAUCAGCUGGAAAGAAAUUAAUUAUAUUUCUCGAUGAUAUAUCCAUGCCAAAAAUCGAUCAAUAUGGUACACAACAAGCAAUUGCUUUACUUAAAUUACUCAUUGAAAAACAUGGCAUGUAUGAACGAAAUGGUGAACUGAAUUGGAAAUUUAUUACAGAUAUUGAUUGGAUUGCUGCUAUGGGUACUCCUGGUGGAAGUAAUAAUAGUAUUGAUCCUCGUUUUAUUAGUCAUUUUAGUGUUUUUUAUAUUCCAUCGCCAUCAUAUGAAUCAUUAUUUCGUAUAUUUUCAACAAUUUUACAAAGUCAUGUAAGAACAUUUUCUCCGGAAAUACAAGGAAUCAUUCCAAAUAUAAUUCAUUCUACUUUACAAAUCUAUGAAAAUAUACUUCGCUCAUUUGUUCCAACACCAACGAAAUGUUAUUAUAUAUUUUCUUUGCGUGAUCUUAGUCGAAUCAUUCAAAGUCUUUUACAAACUAUACCUGAACGAUUUGAUACGAAAGAAAGAUUUCUACGUGGUUGGGUACAUGAAUGUAUUCGAAUAUUUUCUGAUCGGUUUAAUAAUGUAAAAGAUCUUGAAUUAUUUAAUAAAAUUCUUGAAGAAAAUUCUUUAAUUAAAGAUGAAAAAAUUUAUUUAUUACGUAAACCAAUUUUAUUUGCUGAUUAUCGUACAGCUUUACAAGAUGAUGAACCAAAAAUUUAUGAAGAUUUACAAGAUUAUCAAGCAAUAAAAUCAAUAUUUGAUGAAAUUAUUGUUGAAUUUCAAGAACAAUAUGGUUAUAAGAAUAUAGUUUUAUUUAAUGAUGCACUUGAACAUAUAACACGUAUAUAUCGUGUACUUCGUUUAGAUCGUGGACAUUUAUUAUUAAUUGGUGUUGGUGGUUCCGGGAAAAAACUACUUUCAAAAAUUGCUGCUUUUACUGCUAAAUAUGAAAUAUUUGAAAUACAAUUAACGAGAAGUUAUAAUGAAAUAUCGUUUCGAGAUGAUUUAAAAAUUUUAUUUAAUCAAGUUGGAUUGAAAAGUAAGAAAACAGUUUUUAUUUUAAAUGAUGCACAGAUCAUUGAUGAGAAUUUUCUUGAAUAUAUUAAUAAUAUUUUAUCGAAUGGAAUGAUAACUACAUUAUAUAAUGAAGAGGAACGAGAUGAAAUUAUUAACGAAAUACGUGAAGAAGCAAUGAAAAUGUUUCGAAUUGGUUCAUUAAAUGAAAAUAUUUGGAAUUAUUUUAUUCAGAAAUGUACAACGAAUUUACAUAUUAUUUUAUGUAUGAAUCCAAAUGGAGAUCUGUUACGAAAUCGGUGA